CUUACAGAAACAGCAAUGGGUGUAGAUAUACAUGCUCAAGAAGUUGUAACCAAAUAUACAUCAACAGUACACCUAACUUCCUCGUUAAUAAUAAAACGACUGCUUCGACCGUGGCAUUGGAUUGAAUGGUUGUACUAUUUACUGCCUACAGGGAAACAGUUUAAAUCAGCGCUUGAUAUAUUACAUGGAUUUACAAAAGAGGUGAUAAGUAAGAGAAAAAUUGAACGACAAUCGCAAAACGGCCAUACGGAACUCGAAAAUGAAGACAAUGAAUUUAAUAUAGGUAAGCGUAAGAGACAGGCGUUCUUAGAUUUAUUAUUAGAUCAGAAUGAGAAAUCUGAUACUCCUUUGACCGAUGAUGAGUUGAGAGCGCAAGUUGACACAUUCAUGUUUGAAGGGCAUGAUACAACUGCAGUUGCGAUAACUUGGACGCUCUUUCUUUUGGGCAAUAAUUUAAAGCAUCAGGCAAAAGUUCACGAAGAACUAGAGGAGGUUUUCGGAGAUUCAGAAACACCAGCCAGUGUAAAAGAGCUGUCGAAAUUAAAGUAUCUCGACAGAGUCAUAAAGGAGACACUCCGAAUAUUUCCGAGUGUACCUCUAAUCUCAAGGGAACUAUCGAAAGAUGUAAAAAUAGAUAAUUAUAUUCUUCCGAAAGGUAUCACGGUCAUAUUGACAAUAUUAUUAACACACCGAAAUCCGGUGGUUUGGCCGGACCCAUUGAAAUUCGACCCGGAUCGCUUUCUUCCAGAAAAUUCAAAGAACAGAAAUCCGUACGCCUAUAUUCCGUUCAGCGCUGGACCAAGAAACUGUAUAGGUCAGAAAUUCGCUCAACUCGAAGAGAAAAUUGUGUUGACUGCUAUCCUCAGGAAAUGGAGAGUGAAAAGUGUGAAAACAUUCGACACGAUGAAAUUCGAAGGUUCUCUCAUUUUACGACCAAAUGAAGAUGUAUUAAUGCAUUUCACGCCGAAGUAAUGAACAAUUUGCUAUCAAAUAAGAUAGUUGGCCCAGAAAUCAUCAAGAUACCAGUAAUCGCAAUUUCACGUAUUAAAGAUGUAUUUUAGUGCUUUCUGUCGAGCAUGAGACUUACUAAUAUUUUUAUUGGUUCCAAGAAAGUAUUUAUAAUAUUUUGUUACAUUAUGAAACUCGUAAAUAUAUGAAUUCACUAUUGAUUAAAUCGAAUAUGUGCAGCAA